UUUUGUAAAGCAAACAUCUUAUUAGCAUUGUAUUAAGUGCGAAUGCGAAUGAACUGAUCAUUUCAGGUAUAUUCAACUAUAUUCAGUGCGAAUGAACUGAUUAUUUCCAUCGACAAGCAUAAAUGUGUUUUAUAGGUAAUUAUGAAUGACGUAAUAUAAACAUAACGUGCCUUCGAGAAUGUGAUGAAGGCAAAAAUAUUCAUAUAAGUAGGAAUUAUUUUUAAUAAUUUUUAAUAAUUUGAAAAAGUACGAAAUUUUGAAUUUGUUUGAUUGGGUCAGAUUUUUACUUGUUUUUGCAUAAAACAUCUUCAAGUACGAAGGAAACAAAUUAUUUAUGACAUGAUCGUGAUGGCGCCAGGAGUGGGUGUCAAUUAAAGCAGUUUUUUGUUAAAGAACCGCAUAGCAUGAAAAAAUUUAAUCUAUUAACCCACGGCAACUGACUGAAAAGAAGCGUUUUUCAUAGUGUGCGUGUAAAGAAUAAUAAUUAAAGUUGAAUUGAUAUCAAACCAAGUUAUAUUGAUGUAGGUUUUCAGGUUCAGUGAAGAACUUUCAAACAAACAGAUUUGCGAAUGACUCUGGGAAGCCCAUUUUUUUAAAGUUUGCAGCGGAUAUGGUUUGUAGAUGACUUUUUUCAGGAAAUUUCGUUUUCGUUUUAAUCCUUUGUGUCACUGACAUGAAUGGAGGUUGUACUGACACGGCGGGAGUUACAUUCUACAAAAGUCAAACUGAAAAUACAAAGAUAGCCACUUACUUCUGCUUAAACUUUGUCACAACCAAUACUCAACUAUCUCUGACUUUCCAUCUCACUAAAAAGACGAACACAACUUUGACAUGAGCACAUACCGAAUUGGGCAUUUUAUCACUCUUUUCCAGUUUUAUCAUUUUUUUGCAUUCAUACAAUACAUGUCAUGCAAAUCUUACACAGUCUGUAGAACAAACUGUCACUCAAUAUGAUAAUUUACAAAAUAUCAUUGUUGCUACUUUUAUUUCUUUAGUAAUUUUAUAUUUUACUCUGUAAAAGUUAGUCCAAUUGCGAUAGACUAACGGUAAUAGUGUUCUACAUUACAAACAAGCAAAAUAUGAUUCAUAUAAACCCAUCGUUCAAACCUUUAGUCUAAUCUCAAGUUCAUUAAUACUGGUGUUACAGCCAUAUGUUGGUUAGUAGAUAUAAUGAGGAUAAAUAUUGCGUAUGGACACAACAGGAUGCUACAAUGGGCACUGCUGAAACAAAUGGAUGAGGAAAUGCUUUCACAUAGAUAUUAAGCGAUGGACGUAGCUACAAAAAUAUUGAUAAUUAUAUAAAAGCAAGUUGCAAUAGUGUUAUUUAGCGAUAUAAAGUCAUUUUAAAAUGUCUAGACGUAUGAUCAUCAACCCGUACAGUAACACAAUAACCGACACUCCACCAUUUCCGAAUUCAUCUAAUUACAAAGGCGACAAACGCCCUCGCGUAUCCCCUCUUUCAAUUUUCAAAGUUUGAAAAGCAUAAAAAGAGUGAUUAGCAUUUUAAAAUGUUUCUCAAAGUAUUCUUUGGUGAAAUUCUUAUACGGCAGUGAUCAACGGGAUUUUUAGUUGCAUGUCAGUAAUACAUAUUCAUGUAGAUAAACGCUUUUUAAUGUGUGUAUGCAAAUUACAGUAGGAUAUUUUUUAGAGCGCUAUGCGUUUUAAAAGAUGUGAACAUCUUUAGCCAAUAUGAUGAUUGUUUGAAUUGUUUUAUUACGCGAUAAGACUAAAAUUGCUAAUAAAAACACUGACUAAAAAAAACGACUCCCACAGCAUCGAUGACAAAACCCCAUUCCAGCUGAAAAAAAGCUUUUGCGUGGAGACAAACACAAUGACAAUGACGUGUAUUCAAAAACAUCGGACGUUUUUUAUACAUCGUUAAAUGAAGCGUCGUUUUUUAAAACCACAGUCGUUAUCCGUAAAUUCAACGCAAGGCAUCUUGGCUUUCAUUGAUAAAUGGCUAAUGUUCGGUAAUGUUGUAAUAUUCUCGAUGGCAAAGAUAAAUGAAUAGGAAUCCUCGACACACGAGCGGACUCCACGACAAACCAAGCACUUUAAGUGCUAUUUCAUUUCAUUGUUUAUUCUUUAGACUGUCACUAAAUCGUAUUUUUGUAAUCUGAUAUAUUUUGUUGUUCUCUCGUAAAAUCGAAGUUCUUUAAAGUAUAAACACUUUUAAAAUGAAAACGCUUAUUUUAAUCCAGCAUUUUAUGUACAAAUAACAUAACUUGCCGGUUAAAGGAGGCUAUAUUCGUGUUUCAUAAGUCAAUUAUAAUCAAGAAGACAUGUUAGACAAGGUCAUAGCGAUCGCGAGUUCUUUAUUUGUUGUCGAAGCUCUAUUGCAGGCGAACCCAGACAUUACCAGCGACGCUUAUCAUGGGGAAAGUUCUGAAGGGGCUACUUUUGUCCCAGAAAGUAUGGCAAAUGAGGUUAUGGAGCGAGAAGUGUUGCUUAUUCAUCGUUGUAAUGUGAAAGCUGACUUGCUGCACUAUUUUGAAAAAGAUGAUAUUUUAAAGAAGUGUAUGGAUGUCAAGAUGAUAGAUUCCAGAGGUGUCGAGGAAAAGGGCGAAGGAGUUGGCGUUGUCAGAUUGUCUCUUCUUUCUCAUUUCUUUUGGGCAAUGUUUUCAAUACUUCAAAGUUAUAAAUCCUCGAUCAAUUUUGGUUAUCUCAAUCAAAUCACUAUCAAGUAAAUCCCAUCCGCAGUAGUAACCAUGCAAAGGAUCUUGAGUGUGUUUUAUUAAUCUGUCAUAUAAGUCAUUCCAACCUCGAUAGAAGUUUACACUUCCAUCUUGACGACGUUGAAACACAGUCCAACCUCCACCAGAUGACUUCAUAUCACAAAAGACACUGAAUGUACCCUGGCCAUCAGGAUCAAUUUCAUAAACUCCGUUCUUUUUUUCACCUUUUUUGUAAAGAUCUGCACAGUCUUUUUCCUGAAAAAAAGUUUAUUAAAAAAGCUAUUGCAUUGUACGUCUUACGGGAUUUGUAACUCAUUAAACCUAUAAGCAAAUUGUUACACAACUUUUCUGCGCAUAGAUCCAUUGUGCUAAAUAAAUAUUUUGUACAUUCUA